UAUGAUUUGGAACGCGGUAAAUACGACUAUAAUCAUUUUGAUUAUGCGGAGGUGGAAGGCUUCGUGGACGAUGAGCAGGAGGUGCUCACUGGUGGUGAUCCGGUAGAACUGUUUGAAGGCACUGACCUCGUGCAGAUGCCCGCUCUUUCGGAAUCUGUCGGCACGGAUUGGGUAGUAUUCGAAGGCUUCUUUGUAUAUGUUUGCCUAAUAAGCCUUUCUCACAUUGGUAUGUUUCCUGCAAUCGCACGAAUGUUGCUUUCAAUGGCCGAUUGUUCGCAUCUCACGUAUCCCUUCCUGAAGAUAGUUCCGGUAAGAGCAUGUCGCGUGGAACCGUUGGAUGGAUGUGGUGGAUAUAUUUCUGUGGAUGGUGAGCCAGUAACGUCCGGCUCUGCGUUUCAAGCAGUGCCAACCAGAUACUGCGCUACGGUGAUUGGACGAAACCAAAGGCCUUAA